CUGUCGCGAUGAGAUUCGUAACGUCGAGUCGUGUGGAGCUGGUUUGCGCUUGUUUCUCAUUAGUUGGUGCAGUUAUUCUUAUUGCGGCUACGUUUGCCAGCCUCGAAGCCUAUGUCAACUGUCCAGGCAGCAGUUGUGCGCUCUACGCAGACUUCUCGCCAGAAAAAGGACCGACUUGUGGAAACAAAGCUGCUUGUGACUUAGCCAUGUUUUUCGGCUUUGCUUCUCUUGUUGCUGGUCUGCUGUUUGUUGUGCAAAUCACUUGUGUGAUGAGGCAUGGUGCAGUUGCAGAACAACCCGGAAAAUCGUCAUGGCUUCGUCACAUUUUAUCACUGAAGAUGCUUCUAGCAUUAUUUUUUGUGUUGGGUUUGUUUGCAAUUGCUGUUGUGACAUCUGUGGGAGCAGCUGUCUAUUGUGAGCAUCAAAAGGCUGUGUGGAAGGAAGCAAACGAGACUGUAACAUAUCCAGGAUGCCAAGAAUACGACAGGUGGGUUGCACAGCUACCAGGGAGUGGCUGGCCCAGCAAUGGUUUUGUGACAAUGCAAGCAAUGAUGGCAGGGGUAUGGCUCUCGUUUGUGUUUUGGCUUUCUGUGUUUGUUGUGACCAUCGUUCAGUAUCUACAACGUCAACAACUUGCCAGAUCAAGCCAGUUUACAAAGCUGAAAGACUCUGCACAUGCGGUCACAUCCUACAGCUCAAACAAUCUAAUCUGACUGUAGGUGUCUAGUUGUAGUAGUGCAAGAUACAAUAUAAUAUAUAGCUAUUAAUGGAUAGAUAUUAAUUGCAUUCAAGCAAUAUGGCUGCAUAUCUUUCUGCAUGUUGCUUUAAUUAAUUAAUUAACACUUUUUAG